ACGGCGGCGCCAGCAGAAGGCGUUGAAACUGCGAAUACCGUAGAUAUUGGCAGCCAUCACGUAAACAGGUUUAGUUUUGAAGAAAGAAAACACACCGUCUGAUGAUCUGAUUCUGUUUUGGUUUUCCCUCGAGCGUUGUGCUACAAGCAGCGAACGGCGGCGACUAACCGUGUAAGACUUCAGCAAGACUGUCAUUUCAGGCUGAAAGGGAGUUUUUGAAAACAGAUUUUCAGGGCUGUUCUCAGAAACAUUCAUAUGCCUUGUCUCAGUGGAGUCAUUUCAGCCAAAAUGGAUGAAAAAGUAGAAGCAGGAACUUCUAGUUCGUUUUCAAAAGUCGGUUUGUCUAUGACUGAACUCAGAACUAGUUUGUUGGAUUAUCUGUUGUCAAAUGAAAAGGCACACUUCAAAAGCCAACACAAAGACGAUCCUGAGUUGUCUGAAAUAGAAAAAAGAAAGAUUGCUGAAGACCUUUUAGAUCGGAGCCCAGCUCAGUUUCUCAGUCGGUUUGGGCAGUUUCUCUCAGAAGAUCAUCUACUAUAUUUCUCUAGCGAUGCUUUGCUACACAAGAAUGAGUCUUAUGAAAUUGGGUUCCAUUUAAGAAGACUGCGACGAUUUCACUGCAAAGCAACACAUGAUGUUGAUGUAAAGAACAGACGGUAUGAUGCCCUAAAGAAGAUGAUUGCCAAUGGUAGUUCUUACUUUUCUGAAGAUGAAAUGCGCCAAAGAAAUCCAUAUCUGUAUGAACAACUGAUUGGACAGUACCUAUCGGAAGAAGAGCGCAAGGAAAGAGAAGCACCUGAUCUUGAAAACAUCACAUUUGUUAAUUUACUUCUCAUGAAAAUAUCAAAAGAUGAGACAAAGGAGCUAUGGACUAAACAAGAAAAAGAAGAAAAUGGUACACAAAAUGACUCAUCACAAAGCAGUGAUGAAAAUGAGGAUACAUGUGCAGCAAAGAACUGGAAUGAACGUGGCACUUGGGGCGAAAUGGAGGAUGAUGUCACUAAAUUAAUGGACAAAAGAAAGAAGUCAAAGAAAAGGAAGAGCAGACUUGAGGCAGUGCCAGAUAUUAAUGAUAUUUCAGAUGACGAGCGGCACUUGCUCAUGGAAGAAUUUAUGUCGACCAUGUACAACAGUUUCAUUGAUGGGAAGGAUGCUGACUUUGACUACAGCCAAAUCGACAGUAAUCCUGAUUAUGAUUGUAUCGAUGUCCGAGAAAAGGAUGAGGAGGAAAAAUAUUUUGAUGCAGAAACUCCAGAAGAUGUGGAGAUGGAAGCUGUUGCUGACACUCCAGUACCUGAGUCACAGAUGCUUCCACCCCCAUCAUUGGCCGAAAAGCGGAAGGCUGAAGAAGAGGAGGAGGACACCUUGGAUGCCUUUAUGAGAACAGUAGAGGUGCCUUGUCAAACAUCAGAGCUCACAUCUGCUUUCAGAAAUCUUUGUCAUCAGAGUGCUGUGCAAGCACAGGAAAAGUCCAGAGUCAAGAAAACUCACGUCAUCAAAAUUAAUUUGAAGCAAGAUUAACUGCUCCUGUUUUAAUUCUUAGCACUAUUAAAACUUGUUAAGCAAAA